AAUGGCGGCCGCCAGCCGGAAGCGGAAGUGACGCCAGCGAGAAGGCUGGCGGCGGUUGCUGUCGUUACCGACCCGCCUGGGGACGUGAGCUCAGCGCCGGGGGCGGGAGCGGUUCUGAGCUGUUCUGCAGGAUGAGCACCGCUGCUGAAGAUGCUAAGCCGGAAGAUGCCAAACCAGAACCUGAGAAAAAAAUAUACUAUUGUGAAGUCUGUAAAGUUCCGUGUAUGAGUUCUAUAAGUCUUCAGUCACACUAUCGUGGUAUGAAGCAUAAAAAGAAAGAAGAAGCACUGAGGUUCAAGACUGUCUAUAGUCCUCCAGCUCCCUUCCAAACAACGAUGAACUAUGAAAUGCAGAGACCAGUGAAGAGAGGACUCACAAAGGAUAUAACAUGUCUGAAGGAUUUUAUUAAUGAUCCCAAAAGAGAAGAACCUCUAGUUGGCUUAGAGCAUGUGGUUGAAAUCAGAUUUGAAGGAAGAAGAGAGCCGCAUUAUGAAUGCAAGCUAUGUGGUUUUAAUACAGAGAUGGCACCCAUGAUAGAACAUCUUAGUGGAUAUAAACACAGAAGAGCAUACAUAUCUAAAGAAUUUCCAGACAAAAUGAAGAGAAAGGCAACAGAUGUAAAAGAAUGCAAAGUCUCAUUUCUCAAAAGAAUAGCAGGAGAGCUAGAGAAGACCGAAGGAUUAAAAAUGUAUAAGAUUGAAGGUUACAUAAGACCAAGUACCUCACCCCCAUCAAAGAAGAAAGCAAGGUGGGAAGAUAAUCAUAAGCAUGAGAAUGACCCUUUUUGGAAACAGAAAGCUUUAGAGUUCUUGGAGACUUUUCACAUCACCUCAGACUCAGAAGCAACACGUGUUGUUCGUGUUACACAGGAACUCACGGAAGCUUUAAAGUCCUUUUGUGAAAAGAAAGCAGCAGUGAAUUAUACGAACAGACUGAGGCCAUUGAUGCCCAUGUCUCGAGGUGGAUUUGCUGCAAGAAAAAACUUCACGAAACCAUACAAGCCAUAUGGAAAAUACAGAGGAAAUUUUAACUGGAAUCAAGGUUUUUUCUCUCAGCAAGAACAGUGUGCUGCAGAUAAUUCUUUUACUCCUGACAACUCACACAGUUACCAAGCUGAUGAUGGAUCAUCUUCCUAUGGACUAAGACCUGCUGACUCUGCAGUGAUGUCAGCACUCAGGGACUCUCUUGCUCUCCAGACUGGAAGUUCUGCUGGUGGUAUCAGUGAAUGGCUGAAGCAGUUCAACCAGUCUGCUUCGAACAGCAGUCCAGCCCCCGGGGCCUCUUCUUAUGCGACAGGUUCGGUGAAUGAGUACUUAGCAGAGCGUGUGUCCAAAGAUGUGCAAGGAGACGAGCUCCCUGGUAACAGAAUGGCGUAUGGCAGGGAAGGUACAAGUUGGAGGAAUCAACAAACGCGUAGCAAAGCAAGGGGUAUAAGUGAUCAGAGAUUACCUUAUCCCAAUUCUUCAUAUUCUUCAUCUGGAAGAUACUCAACAAACUAUCCUUCGCAAAGCUGUUUCUCUUACAAGGGUGAUGGAUCUGUGAAUUCUUGUACAUUUUCUACAAAUUCCGCUUUUUCAAGAAGGGGUGGCUCCAGGUGGAACCAGAACUCCAGGUGGAGCCAGGGCUGUAGCUGGAAGCAGGAUUCUAACUGGAAGCAGGACUCUAACUGGAACCAAGGCUGUAGCUGGAACCAGGACUCUAACUGGGAGCAGGGCUGUGGCUGGAAGAAGGACUCUAACUGGAAGCAGGGCUCUAGCUGGAACAAGGAGUCUAAUUGGAACUGGGAAUCGAGGUGUCAAGAAUAUAGGCAUGAGAAGUCAGGCUACAAAAAUGAUUGGAGUUCACGUCACUAUUCCUUCCCUGGCAGUGGCUCAUACAGAGAUAGUGAGCAAUUCAGAAGCUCAGAUAAGAUGUUUGGUGAAGAUGCUGUUGGUCCUGCUCCCGACGUUUUGAACAGACUGGAAGGAAAGGAUAUACCUGUGGUGACUGGGGUGCUCAGACAGCUGGCUUCAUCUUACCCAGCACUUGUGAGACUGUGAUUAGUGAGAAUUAAAUAUUCAGACACCAGCCAGUGUGCUAAUAGGAACAAGAGGAAAAGAUGAAGGAGCGACAACAGCUGAACUGGAAGCAGAUGAACAGAGCCAAGAAUCUCCGUAUCUUGGAUCUCAGGAAAGAGACUGCAUUUAAGAGUAUGUUUCUGGAAGGGGAAAGGGAGGUAGAGUGUCACCUUUUUAACAUAUUAAAUGUAGCUGGAACACAAACUUGCACAUAAUGGAGGUGAAUAUUAUUUUUUUUUUUCCUUUAGGCUUUUUUAAUGUAUUUGUUACAUCUUAGUGUAUUGCAGAAAAAUAUGGUGUUAUUUUUUGGAGGAGGAUGUUAAUGUUAUUCUGUCGGCAAAAAGCUGGGCACCCUUUUAACGUCCUUCCCCCACUCAGAAAAAAAGAAAAGUUUGUUUUUAUGUUAAUUGUGGGGGGAAGAAAAAGCUCACUGAAAAUACUGAUCUGGGGUUUGAAAAUCCAGAUGUGCUGCUGCUCUUCACACAGAGUUCAGGUCAGUUCAGUUAACUUAAGGCUUUCUAGUUGGGAUGUUUGGAGAAGUAGAUACACUACAUCUCUGUUCAGUGGAAGGAGAGGAGAGCGUGGAGUUAUUUCAUUUUAUUUUUGCAGAACAGAGAUGUACAACAUCUGCACUUUUAUGUCCUGUUGAGAAUGAAACUGUUGUGAGCUGACUAAAAAUUCAAUUGAUAAAUGGAUCCAUACUAAAAUGGAAAAUCCUUCAUUCUUUGUGCUGACAAAAGCAUAUCAAGAAAUAGUAGAACCCAUACAGCAAUUAGAUAAAAUAACAGGGGAAACUAAAUAAUCUUAACAGAAAUGGGCACCAGUUUACCGUGUUUACCAGUGGUCCGUACUUACAUUUCUUCUCUGCACUUCUGAGCUGUAAGCUCACUAGUGCUUACCUUUAGAUGUCUGCUGUAUAUGAUCAUAUAUAGCUAAAGUGGGGCUAAAGAAAAUGACUAGCGUGAGACAGUUUACUCCCAGUACUCUGUUCUGCUUUUCACUGCUCUGUUAUGAGCCGUCGUCUUUCAUUUUAACCACAGCUGGAGUAUUUUUGUCUCUGCACAUUAAAUACUUGUGCUGAACUCAGGUUAGUCUUCAUAAGCUAUGCUAAUAUCUUUUUGCAUUCAUGAAAAAUAACUUUUUGGGACUUGUUACAUAGAUUUGUAACACAAAAGCAACAAAGCAGUCAAUGAUAGGGCAUAUACACUUGAUUCUCUAAAAUUCUCCUAUUCUUGUUUGAGCUGUGCAGCAGAAUACAUCUGCUUUCCUUUUUCUUCACUGCCUCCUUUCCUCCAGGAAGUGUAGUGCAAGUAAGUAAGUUUCUGGAAACGCAGAAAAACUGAAUCAAAGUUAAGGUGUUUUCAGCUGAGGUCUCCAUAGUUGGUUUAUUUUUUUCUACUUUGGACUCCUUGUGGGAUUUUACUGCACGCACUGUAUAUCCCAGCGGCACACAGUGGCUGAAUGAUGUCUUCCCCAAGAAGAUGCUCUUUCUUCUUCCACAUUCCCUUAUUUUUCAAUCUGGGGAAGAGUUUCUGGUUCCUGCCUGUUGCACAGGAUGAGGGGUGUCCCAGGGGGAGGGAAGUUGUGUCAUCCUUUCAGUCACUUCUCCAAUAGUGUUAUAUAAGAGAAGACCUCCUCCUGUUUCUGUUUCCCUGUGCUGGCUAAUUUCCUUGUGUCAGCUUCUGGCUGCUCGCUCCCAAGAAACCUCUGUGCCCUGUCUUGCUCCCAUGUAGUAGAGCACUGGAACAGAAUGAGUGCUGUGUGUAUGUUCCUGUUUCCCUGGGCACUGGGCCUUCUUUAGGAAGCAAGCUUUACAAGGUAGGCAUUGAUGGGCUGCAGACCGCACUGUAAAUGUUUGCUGUCCAUCAGCAGCAGUGCAGUUACACCACGCCCUUUGGCACAAGGCAGCAUUUCUGAGGCUGUACCAGAGCCUUUUGAACCAAUUGUACUUUUCCUUAAAACACCAGUGAUAAAAAUCCAGGAUCAAACAUGCUUUGAGGGGGUAACUUGUGUACUUCCCAGCCAGGUUACUUGCUUUUCCACCUUCAGCAGCUCUUCUCCUGAGGUGAGCCGUUCCAGCUGGUCACUGGUGAAUUUUCUGCACCAGCACAGCUCCUAAAGUUCUACAGCAGUCAGAUACCGUAACUUUGUAAAUACAUCUUGAAGAACAACA